UAAUUUAUGCACUCGUGCAUAUCCGAUAAACCGUUUACCUAGUUUGUAGGUAAUUAUUCAAAUGAACGUAGUUCAUAUCAAAAUAAAACUUUUCAAUACAAACAAAACAUUUAGCAAUCUGUUUCAAAAGUUUCGAGAAUGUCUAAAACUCGUUAUAUAAAUAAAAAUAUAAUUGAAUGUCCUGCAGAUCGUGUAAUAGACAACAUUCCUUCUCCGUUUUUAACAAGGUGUUCUCCGUAUGUUACACAAACGUUUAAUUCAAAAGUAGAUAUGUUAUUAAAUAAUAUUGCAGACUGUACAAUGAUGAGUAAAAUAAUUGUGAUAGGGGAUGUGUCUGUAGGAAAAACGUGUUUGGUAAACAGGUUUUGUAAGAAGAUAUUUGAUGGUAACUACAAAGCAACAAUUGGAGUGGAUUUCGAAGUUGAAAAUUUUUUAAUAUUGAAUGUUCCUUUUUCUUUGCAAAUUUGGGAUACAGCUGGCCAGGAAAGAUUUAAAUCAAUAGCCCAAUCGUAUUACAGAGGAGCAAGUGCUGUGGUAAUUGUCUUCGAUCUUACAAAACCAGAGAGUCUUCAUAACUGUCAUACAUGGUUAAUGGAGGCAUCACAGACAUUUUCAGCAAAAACGCCAUAUUUGUUCGUGGUAGGAACCAAAAGGGAUCUCGUAAAAACAUAUGCGUAUAUGAAUAUAGAAGAAUGCGCUAUACGCGUGGCAACGAAGCUGAACGCAGAAUACUGGUCGAUAUCUUCCAAAACUGGGAAAAACGUCGAUAAUUUGUUUAGAAGAUUAGCAGCUUUGACCUUUCAAGAAUGUGUCAAAAGGGAACUUGAAGGAAAGCGAUUCAAAGAGAUAGGAAACGACAUAGUUGCUCUUCAACCAAAGACAACACAAAAGAGAGGAAAUUGCGCAACUAAAUGUAAAAACUGAUUCCAAUAAAUAUCUGUUAUGAAGUGAAUUUAUACGAUGCUUUGACAACAAUUUUUGUGUGAUUUAUGCCUGGUUGCACCAACAAAUCUUAAGCUCCAGAUUAGCCCAGCUCAGCUUAUAGGUAGAUAGGGCAGCUUUAAGUCUCACUUACUUUGAACCAUAAUUUUCAAUUCUUAUUGUAGUCUGGACAGAUUGUAGGAGAAUAUGCCAUUUUUGGGAAAAGUUAUUUACCAGCAAUUUUAUUGGUGGAAUCAAAUCUUAUGACCCUAUAUAUUAAUAAUAUAGGUAUGCAAAGUCCGCAGAUAGUGUGCUACUUUUUUUAUAAACAAAAUGGCGCCCAAAAAUCGUGUUUUUUUCAAUUUUUGCUCUAUAACUCUAAUUUAAUUUAUUAUUUCCCGAGAUAUUCUAUUUGUUUAUAAGCUAAAAAUUGUUUAUAAUUUUAAAAUAUUCCCGAGGCCGUCUAAAUAGUCCAAUUUCAAUUCUGUAAAGUACAUUAGAUAGGUACAGUGUCUUUUUAUACAAAAAUCAUAGUUAUUCUUAUGUAUCAAAAUUAUUGUGGUUAUUAUAGUGACCAUAAAUUUUUAAUUAACAAUUCAAGUGUUGCUAAACUGUUUAUUCAAUUUCCAUCGGCUUCUGGAAUUAUAAUCUAUACGAAAAUAGCUUUUAUAUUGCCAAGCUAUUUAAUUAUUGAUACACAAUUACUUAUCUAAAAUUUUAGUUGAAAAUUAAAGAUUUUGUUGGAAAACCCGCAUUUUCCGGAGAAAAUUUUCGUCGAAGUAAAUCGGGAAAAACACGUCUUGAUGCAGAAUUUAAUUACCUACGGUGAAUUUUUAUUUGGGUGUUUUUGGUGUAAAGUUAAAAUCUUUGGAGUUUUAGAGCAAAACUUGAAAAAAAAACACGAUUUUCGGGCGCCAUUUUGUUUAUAAAAAAAUCUAUCUGCGGACUUUGCAUACCUAUAUUAAUAAUAUAUAGGGUCAUAAGAUUCAAUUCCAGCAAUAAAAUUGCUAGUAAAUAACUUUUCCUUGUAUUUUGCUAAUUAGCCCAGAGUAUUGAUCCAAUUCACGAGGCAUUGAGACAACUUGAAAAUUGAUCUAAGUCUCAAUGGUGUAACGCGUAUGUUUCGUAAGCUGAACUUAAGGCACGUCUUAAGCUUAAGAUCUGUUGGUGCAAUCAGGCAUUAAUUACCUAUUAAUAAGAUGUAAUUUUUGUACUGUUAAAUAAAGAU